AACACAAUUUUCUGGUAGGGAGAAUAUCAAAAAAUGUUCCUGGAGAAACAAACAUUCCCCAAAAGGUCUCCAUCAGCCUCCUGUCCAUGUUGUCAUGGCCGUUGUCAUGGCCACUGUUACCAAGGAGUUUGCAGGCAAUCGGAGAAAGGAAACCUGAGCAGCGAACCUGGACGUUGCCAUCUUUAAUUCAUGGAGGGGAUGAGACGUGUUUAAUGUGUUUAUCAGCAGGUUCUGGUUGAUAUUUUCAGACAGAACCCCGUUAGAGCCCUCAGUGAAGCUAGCCCAACCCCCCCACCCCUCACCCCCCGAGACGUCUGUCCUUCCAUCCAUCAAUCACAUUUAUCCAUCCGUCCGUCCGUCUGUCCUUGCAUCCAAAGGACUCUCUGACCCAGAUCCGGACCGCCCUGAUCUCUUAUUUAAGGCUUUCGGAGAACCCGUCUGACCCAUUUGGGCUGGCGUGGGGGAGGAGCAGCUCAGCAUUUGAAGUGGCGUUCAAAUGCCGCUCUUUGUUCAUCAGGAGACACUUCAGUCUGCAGCCGGUUCUUCUCAUUAGCAAAGAAGCUGGAAAUAUUUUCUACAGGAACGCCCCAUAGUUGAAUUGGGACCCUGAAGCGGGUUUAAAGAGGUUAUCCAGAAGGAGAGCGCAGCAGCAACCUGCUUUCACUGGAUCCACUCAGAGCAACAUCAGAAGCCUGGGAUCAGGUUCCGUCGGUAAGUCUACACCAAACCAGGAGACUGACACUGGGGACACCUGCAGGUCCACAGCAGACUGCGCUCAGUUCUGAUCAGGUCGGCUGGGCUGAUGUCCUGCAGCCUACUGCAGGUUUCUGCUCGGCUCCUCUGGGAUGCAUGGAGUCCAGGUCAGCAAAGAUCAUGAGGAGAAAGCAACUCUGAUCCUGUGAGGAAAACCUGAGGACCUGAAUCCCUGCAUUGAUAUUGGGAAGAAGAAUAUGGCUGCCAACAUGGUCCCAUUUGGAGCAUAGGAGGAACAUCCAGAACCAGAGACCAGUUCACCCAGAGACCAGUUCACCCAGAGACCAGUUCACCCAGAGACCAGUGCAGAACCCUCUGCAGAAGAUCCUGCUGUCAUGGUGAACACGGGAAUGCAGCUGAUCAGCUUCACCUGCGCUGUGACUGGCUGGAUCAUGGCCAUCGCUGUCACGGCGCUACCGCAGUGGAAGGUGUCCGCUUUCAUCGGCAGCAACAUCCUGACCUCGGAGAUAAAGUGGGAGGGCAUCUGGAUGAACUGCAUCUACCAGACCACAGGUCACAUGCAGUGCAAGACCUACGACUCAAUGCUGGCGCUGCCGCCAGACAUCCAGGCUGCACGCGCCCUCAUGUGCAUUGCCAUCUUCAUGGGCUGGCUCUCCUGCACAGUGUCCUGCUGCGGCAUGAAGUGCACCACCUGUGCCGGCGACGACCGCCGCGCCAAGGCCGGCAUAGCGCUUGCAGGUGGAAUCCUCUUUAUCCUGACAGGCCUGUGCAUCCUGAUCCCCGUCUCCUGGACCGCCAACACUGUUAUCCAAGACUUCCACAACCCCAAUGUUCCCAUCAUGCACAAACGGGAGCUGGGCCAGGCCAUCUACCUGGGCUGGGCAGCGGCCGUCAUCCUGAUGAUCAGCGGCGCCGUCCUCAGCAGCACCUGCCCCUUCAUGGAGAAGGGCGGCCGCUACCGCCGGGGAUACAUGGGCCGAAGCUUUGCUAACUCGCCUGCACCCGAUCCCCCGAAGCCCAUCGCCUCCAACAACCUGCCCCUGAAGGAGUACGUGUAGGACAGGAGGAGGAGCAGGAGGACUGGGAGGAGGGCUGAGAGGAGAACAUGGAGGAGGAGUGGACUCCCUGCCAUCAGACUGAAGUACUAAUGCAGCGGACAUAUUUGUGUUGAGUUGCUCAGAGUUCUUACUAGCAUCCCUGACUUGUUAGCGUGUGCUGUGACGGGUCUGUGGAAUAAAGAGUUAAUGAAGUUUCUGUUUCCACUAAACUGUUUCUAUCCAGUAGCAGAUCUGAGGUCAGAUGGAGGUCUUUGGUACUGAUAACAUAUCUGCUCCCAGCCUGAACACCAGUCUUCACUGGGACUCCAUGAAGAAGGACAGUCUGCAGAGUGUGUCUGGAAGGGAAAAGGAGAGAUCAGACCGUCCUGUGGAAGCGCUGCUCACACAAGUACAGUACAGCAGUGGCUCCCAG